GUUUGGAUUUUAGUUUGUCGUUAUAAAUUGAGUUGGAAUAACGCAUUCCAGCUUAGUCGUGUUCCAGUAACGUUUACGCGCGCAGCAAAUUUUCACUAGAGCAAAGCAUUCCAUACAACAUCCUUGCACCGACAACUAAAGCACAAGCAAAAGACCAACAAACAGUAUGUCUGGUAGAAUUCUGGAAGACUCGCCCAAUGCGCGCAUCAACAAGACCAUCUUGGACCGCUAUCUGGCCCUGCCGCUAGAGGAUAACAUUGUGCAGGCCACCUACGUGUGGAUCGAUGGCACCGGCGAGGAUCUGCGCUGCAAGGAUCGCACACUCGACUUCAUACCGUCGAGCCCAAAGGAGCUUCCCGUUUGGAACUACGAUGGCAGCUCGUGCUAUCAGGCGGAGGGCAGCAACUCGGACACCUAUCUGUAUCCGGUGGCCAUCUACAAGGACCCGUUCAGACGCGGCAACAACAUCCUGGUCAUGUGUGACACCUACAAGUUCGACGGCACCCCGACUGCCACGAACAAACGCAAGUCCUGCCUCGAGAUCGUUAACAAGUGCCUGGACGAGCAGCCCUGGUUUGGCAUCGAGCAGGAGUACACGUUCCUCGACUUCGACGGCUAUCCGCUCGGCUGGCCCAAGAACGGUUUCCCCGGACCUCAGGGUCCCUACUACUGCGGCGUGGGCGCCAACAAGGUCUAUGCUCGCGACAUUGUGGAUGCCCAUUAUCGCGCCUGUCUGUAUGCUGGCGUCAAGGUGUCCGGCACCAAUGCGGAGGUGAUGCCCGCCCAAUGGGAGUUCCAGGUGGGCCCCUGCCUAGGCAUUUCGAUUGGUGACGAUCUGUGGAUGUCGCGUUUCCUCUUGCAUCGCAUCGCCGAGGAGUUUGGCAUUGUCGCCACUCUGGAUCCCAAGCCCAUGCCGGGUGACUGGAAUGGCGCCGGCGCACAUACCAACGUGUCCACCAAGGCGAUGCGCGAAGAUGGUGGCAUUCGGGAAAUCGAGAAGGCCGUGGCCAAGCUAUCCACGUGCCAUGAGCGUCACAUUCGCGCCUACGAUCCCAAGCAGGGCCAGGACAACGCACGUCGCCUGACGGGCAAGCACGAGACGAGUUCGAUCAACGAUUUCAGUGCCGGCGUGGCCAAUCGCGGCUGCAGCAUACGCAUUCCGCGCGGCGUCAACGAUGACGGCAAGGGCUACUUCGAGGAUCGUCGCCCCAGCUCCAACUGCGAUCCCUACUCCGUCGUGGAGGCCAUAUUGCGCACCAUCUGCCUAGACGAGUAGAGCACCUGCCGCACCCAAACACGCCCUGUCGACCUGGACCCGGACCCGCCCACAAGCCGCGGCGGAGUAACCAUAGACGUAGCCAUACACAAUCAAAACUAUAUACUAUAUAAUAUGUAUAACCAACGUAGAGCUUUUGCUUGCUUCCUUUUUUUUUGUCGACUUCUAAAUGAACUACCCCCUAAGCAGCUGUUAAAGAUAAUUAUUUUUUUUUUUUUGCUUUUUUUUGUAAUUGUUGAGCUUUGUUGUUAGGUUAUAGACAUUAACGGAACACGUUGAAGAAGUAGGUUUAGAGCUGUGCGUCGAUCGAUCAACUGUUGCCUGUUCAAGGACCCGCAACACAUUACCAACUAUAUCCAAAAAAAUACACACCCACCAAGCCCCAGACCGGAGGACAACAACGUACCGUAGCAGAAGAAGAAGAAGAAGAAGAUGAAGCAGAAGAAGAAGAAAAGAAGUCAACGGGCAAAUAAACCUAACUAUUAAUGAUAUUAUUUUAACAUAAAGUACCAAUGCAUACAUGCACACAUACAAACACGCAAUACAUACACAAAUACACAAAUACACACAUACACACAUACUCACAUACGCACAUACAUAACAUACAUACAUAUACUCCUUAGUUAAGUACAAUGCACGAAAAAAAUUUAAAAAA